UAGUUCAUUGCCCCUAGCCUUCUCCCUGGCCCCUUUUCUUCAAUCUUUUUAAUCCUCUCUCUUUUCUUAAUUAUAGAGGAUUCUGCAGAUUCUUGAUUCUUGAUCUUUUCUUUUAAAAUGGCGCAGCAACAACAAUUCUUAUGGCUUUUGGGCUUUGCAAUAUUAUUUGUUUCAUACCUACAAAAUUACGUUGUAGCAGAAACAGUGCCUUGUUAUUUCAUUUUUGGAGACUCAUUUGCAGUUAAUGGCAAUGAUGAUAAUAAUCCUGAUACUUAUAAAGCCAAUUACUUGCCAUAUGGUGUUGAUUUUCCUGGUGGCCCUAAUGGAAGGUUCAGUGAUGGCAGAACUAUGGUUGAUAUUAUUGCUCAAAACCUUGGAUUUAGAACAGAAAUUCCACCUUUCAUACGUGUUGGUAAUGGCUCAGAGGUUCUCCAAGGUGCAAAUUAUGCAUCUAGUGGAGCAAUUCUGCAAGCAGAAAUUGCAGGAAGCAAGGUCACUGCUAUUAGCAUGAGCCAACAAGUGAAAAACCAUCAGAAAAUAGUCCGACGCAUAAGGAAUAUCUUAGGUGACAAAAACAAGACUCAUGAUUACCUGAAGAGUUGCUUAUAUUCCGUUGGUGUUGGCAGCAACGAUUAUCUGUUAGACUAUUACGUUCCUAACCCAAAUGGUUCGGAGCCAAGACGCAUCAAGCCAUCUGAGGCCUACGCAGAGAACCUCGUUGAUGGAUACUUGUUCAAUCGCUUGAAUGCGUUGUACAAAGUUGGUGCAAGGAAAAUUGCAGUGUUCGGAUUAGGGCCAUUGGGGUGCAGCCCUUCAGCUGUGACUAUGUUCGGAACAAAGGAGAAAUGUGUAUCAGCCGUUGACAAAGAUGUGCGUAUCUUCAACAGCAGGAUUCCUGCAAUUAUUGACAGGUUUAACAAAAACUUCAAGGAUGCAAAAUUCACCUACAUCAAUAUUUAUAACAUCACAAUGGCUACUGUUUUGCCAGGUUUCAAGGUGAAUCAAAGUCCCUGCUGUAAAGUAGACUACAAUGGAAUGUGUUUUCCAAGCAAGAGAGGAUGCGACAAUCCCAUGGACUACUUUUAUUGGGAUGGGUACCGUCCAACUGAGGAAGCAAAUGUGUUUAUGGCAAAUAUAGCAUACUCUGCUCGAGUUCCAUCUGAAGCUUACCCUUUUAACAUAGCACAAUUGGUUGCCAAGGCCAAAAAGAACUAAUUAAGAAGCUCCAAACUCUAAACAAAAGUAUAUACUUUGUGUUAUUUUUAUGGGUUCUUUUUAGUAUUAUUUUUUGUUGUUGUUGCUAUACAUUAUUGUUCAUUGAUUCAUUUAUGUAAGAAUCUGUAAUAUGCUAAUGAAUGAAAUGGCCAGAGGAUUAUAACUAACUA